UUUUUACGCUGUAAAAGAGUUCUUAACAUCACAUGAUCUCUAAAUGCAAAUACAAUGUACAAUGUACUUUUCUAACCCUAACGCUCCUGAAUGUCAAUGAAUCUGCGAGGGAUCCCUAGAUAAAAGAUAAUUUUGGCGGUAAGCCUUCCCACGAUCAAUGUGGACAAAAUGAAUACGACGUUUAACACCGAGAUAUUCUCGUGGAAUCUAUGUUUGUGUAUAAAUUAUGGAUGAAUCAUUGUGUUUCUGGCGGAGGUAGGCUGAGGUAUCAACAAUAUGGCGUCUCUGGUUUUAGACCAGUACCUAAGAUGCCCCGUGUGUAUGGACUUUUUUGCGGACCCACACAGACUGCCAUGCAGCCACUGCUUUUGCAAACGAUGUCUGGAGGGGGUGCGCCAGCACUGUUUGUCCUUCAACUGCCCAGAAUGUCGCCAGUUAGUCAUACUGGACUACAAAGGGGUGGAUGGUCUGGAAAAGGACAGGAGGCUGGCCGCCAUGGUUGACGAAUUCGCUCAUCAACAACAACAGUCUCGCGUCUGUAAGGAGCAUAAGCGGACCGUGGAGGGAUAUUGCGAGACAUGCGCAGUGCUGAUGUGCGGAAGAUGCUUCUUCAGUGAUCAACACUCGGGUCAUGUGAUGGGGGAUGUUGACGUCGUUGCUAAAAGGAAAAGGGACGAAAUUUCGUCAGAUCUAGCAUUUAUCAAAGGAAAGGUCAAUUCCAUUUUAAGCGACAGUGACGUCACAGUCCAGAGUCAAUUAUGCGCUCUACAAGAACAAAUUACUGCAGAAUUUGAACAAAUACGGCAACUUUUACGACAAAAGGAGGACAUGUUACAGCUGGAAGCCAUUAAACUCGCCGAAAAGGCCUGUCAUGGCAACGAUAAAAUUGCUAAGGCCCAGGAAUUGAAAUCAAAAAUACAAGCCCUAGAGGACUCCAUAUCGGAGGACGGAGUGUCAUUCUUACAGAACACAACAGAGCUCAAAGAGAGACUUAAGAUUGAGAAGAAACUGGUGACCUCCCUGGACGCUGAAUACUCCGAUACUCACACGUCUCUGCCAACCCUCAAACAUGGCGACACGGAGUUGUUUCUCAUGUCCUUCAGACUGGCCCCAGCGCCAGAUCCACGGCUGCGCAUCCGGAAGUCAAGCGAAGGAAGUGAAGACCUUUCAUACAGACUCGCCACACAACACGUGGAGAGCAGCAAGCAUUCUGCGAAGCUUUCAUUUCACACAAAUCUCGUACUGGAAAAGGAGAUGGCCCCAAGCCCUGCAGUUCAUGCUGCAACAUUCCUGUCAUCCGGGUAUCUGGUGCUGUUAGACCUUAAUUCAACACUUCUGUUGUUUGAUGACAAUUACGCUCUUCUUCACGAACUGAAACUAGAGGACAAGGCAUUUGAUGUAACUGCCUUAUCCGACCACAUGCUAGCUGUAACAAUCGGAGCAGCUAAGAGGGUGGAGUUGAUUGAUGUCAAGGACGAAACGUUGCAACCGAACGGGAAGAUCGAACUAGAUACCGAAUGUUUCCAUGUCUCUUGUAUAGAUGACAAAAUCGUGACCGGUAACGGAAGUUUAGUCAGUUUCUUCAGCGUUAAGGGGGCUCGACUGAAAACCAUCAUCAUGUCUGGAAUGAUACAGUCCCUGUAUAUUUCCAAAUCACACAGGAAAAUGUACCUUAACAUCCGGUCUGAGUUUGUACUCUGUACGGACAUGCGCGGAAACCGGGAAUAUAAAUACAAGCAUGACGACUUGCAGGAAAUCGGUGGCAUAUCAGCGGACAACAGAUCUCUGGCGUAUGUUUGUGGUUCGAAAUCCAAUAACGUCCAUCAGAUCGGCCCCGAUGGACGGCUGGUGAGGAUUAUACUCUCCAGAGAAAAUGGUCUGACAAAACCAAUUUUUGUUGGCUUUGAUAGCACGUGCUCCAAGAUGUUUCUUAUUGAGAAAGACGAUACAUUAAAAGAGGCGGUUAAAGUUUACAGUAUGAAUUACUGAGAAAGACGACACAUUAAAAGAGGCGGUUAAAGUUUACAGUAUGAAUUAUUGAAUCAGUAUUGUACGGGCAGACGACAAUUCUUACAGUUUGUUCACAUAGUUGUUUUUGAUUAUUUGUUGUUUGUUUAUCAUAAACUAAAAAUCUAUUUUACUCUAAUAAAACAAACUCCAUUUGUUUGGAUGGGGAUCAUAGUAGACUGGAAA